AUGUUGUCGAGACUAUCCAUAUUGAGAAACUCUAGAGCGUUCCGACAAGCCAAAUGGCACACUCACCGCUUCAGAGUUUUACCAACUCUGCAUGCCUCAGAGUACCACAUUCUUUCUGGUAAGAAACUCGCCCAGUCUAUUCGUAAAGAAGCUAAUGACGAGAUACAAGCCAUUAAGCUUAAACAUCCAAAUUUCAAUCCCACCUUGAAAAUCAUCCAAGUUGGAGGUAGACCGGAUUCCUCCACCUACGUGAGAAUGAAGCUGAAAGCUUCGAAAGACAGUGGUGUAGACUGCAUCAUAGAAAAGUUACCAGCAGAAAUUACAGAGCUUGAGCUUUUGAAGAAAAUUAGUGACAUCAACGAUGAUGAAUCAAUCCAUGGAUUGCUAAUUCAGUUACCAUUACCGGGUCACUUGGACGAAACAACUAUUACUAAUGCCGUUGAUUUCAAAAAAGAUGUCGAUGGGUUUCAUAGAUAUAAUGCUGGUGAGUUGGCUAAAAAAGGCGGUAAACCAUACUUCAUACCAUGUACUCCUCAUGGUUGUAUAAAAUUGCUUAACGAAGCUCACGUCAAGUUAGAUGGUAAGAACGCCGUUGUGCUAGGCAGGUCCAGUAUUGUUGGAAAUCCAGUUGCUUCGUUGUUGAAGAAUGCCAACGCGACUGUCACCAUCUGUCACAGUCAUACAAAGAACAUCGCAGGAGUAGUCUCACAAGCCGAUAUUGUUAUCGCAGCUUGUGGUAUUCCUCAAUAUGUCAAAGCGGACUGGAUCAAAGAAGGCGCCGUUGUUAUUGAUGUUGGUAUCAACUAUAUUCCUGAUAGUAGUAAGAAAAGCGGCCAAAAAUUAGUUGGUGAUGUUGAAUUUGAUUCUGUGAAGGAAAAAACAUCUUAUAUCACCCCCGUUCCCGGCGGAGUGGGACCAAUGACUGUGGCCAUGCUUGUUUCCAAUGUGCUAUUAGCUGCCAAAAGGCAGUUUGUGGAGUCCGAAAAACUUCCAGUUAUUAAACCUCUUCCCCUACACUUGAAAACCCCAGUUCCUUCAGAUAUCGAUAUAUCAAGAGCCCAAAGCCCCAAGCAUAUCAACCAAGUGGCUGAUGAAUUGGGAAUACAUUCCCACGAAUUAGAAUUGUACGGACACUAUAAAGCGAAGAUUUCUCCAAGCAUUCUUAAAAGGUUAGAAUCUCGCGAAAAUGGAAAAUACGUUCUUGUUGCAGGUAUCACUCCAACCCCAUUGGGCGAAGGUAAGUCAACUACGACCAUGGGGUUGGUGCAAGCUUUAUCCGCCCACUUAGGCAAGCCAUCCAUUGCCAACGUUAGACAACCAUCUCUGGGCCCAACUCUGGGUGUCAAAGGUGGUGCUGCCGGUGGUGGCUAUGCUCAAGUUAUUCCUAUGGACGAGUUCAACCUACAUCUGACCGGUGAUAUUCAUGCGAUUGGGGCCGCGAAUAAUUUGCUUGCUGCCGCCAUUGACACUAGAAUGUUCCAUGAGGCUACUCAGAAGAAUGAUAGUACCUUUUAUAGGAGAUUAGUUCCAAGGAAAAAUGGCAUAAGAAAGUUUACCCCAUCCAUGCAAAGAAGGCUUAGAAGAUUAGGUAUUAACAAAGAAGACCCUGAUAGUUUGACGUCUGAAGAAAUUAAAAAAUUUGCUAGAUUAAACAUUAAUCCUGACACUAUUACUAUUAGAAGAGUAGUCGAUAUCAAUGACAGAAUGUUAAGGGAGAUUACUAUUGGAGAAGCCGCCACUGAAAAAGGAUUUACAAGGACUACUGGAUUUGAUAUAACUGUUGCUUCUGAACUGAUGGCUGUUUUAGCUUUAUCCAAAAACUUGAAAGAAAUGAAGAUUCGGAUCGGACGUAUGGUUAUUGGUGCCGAUUACGAUAAUAAACCAGUAACUGUAGAAGACAUUGGAUGUACCGGUGCUCUGACUGCAUUAUUACGCGAUGCUAUAAAGCCAAACCUGAUGCAAACUUUAGAGGGUACGCCAGUAAUGGUUCAUGCUGGUCCUUUCGCCAAUAUUUCUAUUGGUGCAUCAUCAGUCAUUGCAGACUUGAUGGCGUUGAAGCUUGUAGGUUCAGUGAAGAAUCCAUUAAGUAAUGAGAACAUCCAUGAACCUGGCUACGUCGUUACUGAGGCAGGUUUCGAUUUUGCCAUGGGUGGUGAAAGAUUUUUUGAUAUCAAGUGUCGUUCCUCCGGAUUAGUACCAGAUGCUGUUGUCUUGGUCGCAACAGUGAGAGCAUUAAAAUCUCACGGAGGUGCCCCUAAUGUUAAGCCAGGACAACCAUUACCAAAGGAAUACACAGAAGAAAACAUUGAAUUUGUUGCCAAGGGUGUUAGUAAUUUAAUUAAGCAGAUUGCAAACAUCAAAACUUUUGGAAUUCCAGUCGUUGUAGCAAUCAACAGAUUUGAAACAGACUCACAUGCGGAAAUUGAGGUAAUCAAGAAAGCAGCUUUGAAUGCGGGGGCAUCACAUGCCGUUACUUCUAAUCACUGGAUGGAAGGUGGUAAAGGUGCACUGGACUUGGCACAUGCAGUAGUUGAUGCAACAAAAGAACCAAAGAACUUCAAGUUUUUGUAUGAUGUUAAUGACUCCAUCGAAGACAAGCUUACCAGUAUCGUUCAAAAAAUGUAUGGUGGGGCAAAGAUCGAAGUUUCACCAGAAGCCCAAAAAAAGAUAGACACUUAUAGGGAACAGGGCUUUGGCAACCUUCCUAUAUGUAUCGCUAAAACACAGUAUUCCCUAUCCCAUGAUCCAUCACUGAAGGGUGUUCCUACUGGUUUCACAUUCCCCAUUAGGGAUGUUAGAGCUUCAAUCGGUGCGGGUUAUUUGUAUGCUCUAGCAGCCGAAAUACAAACUAUACCAGGUCUAUCGACGUAUGCCGGUUAUAUGGCAGUGGAGGUUGAUGAAGACGGUGAGAUUGAAGGUCUAUUUUAA